AUACUUUCAGUUCAGUGUAAAAUUUUGAAAUAAACACUGAACACAAACUCGCUCUAAAACAAUGAUGUUGGUUAAACUAAUUGUGUUGGCGCUAAACGCUUUGAUGCUAGUCCAAAGUUUACAAGGACAUGUCAUAUCUGAUGAAGAAUUUCAUAAUGUUAGAAAGUUGACGGGUCAGCAUUUAGGACGAGCUCUUCUUGAAGAUAUUGGUUUGGGUAAAUGUACACCUGAAGCGGAGAAGGAUCCAGAAUUUUGGAGAAAUUUAGCACGCAAGGAAUUGGAGCAGAAUUUGAAAAAGCAAAAGCUAAAUAUGAAUAAAGCUAAAAAUGUUAUAUUCUUUUUGGGUGAUGGCAUGUCUUUGAGUACAGUGGCAGCUUCACGUAUGCUUAAGGGUCAAAGGAAGGGUAAUACCGGAGAAGAAGAGGUGUUGAGUUUUGAAAAGUUUCCUUUCACCGGCUUAAGUAAGACCUAUUGCGCCAAUGCUCAAGUUCCCGACUCUGCCUGCACCGCCACCGCAUAUUUGUGUGGUGUUAAGGCUAAUAUUGUGACCAUAGGGGUCAAUGCUAACGUAGAGUUUAACAACUGCACUGCCAGUAUGGAUCCCAAAAAUCAUGUUUCCUCCAUAGCCGCCUGGGCUCAAAAGUCUGGUAAAUCUACCGGUUUUAUAACCACCACAACUCUAACCCAUGCCAGUCCUAGUGGUUUAUAUGCUCAUGUAGCCAAUCGUUUAUAUGAAAGUGAUACCGAUGUUAAAUCAUUCAAUAAAGAUCCUAACGAAUGCAUGGACAUGGCAACACAAUUAAUAACCCAAGAACCAGGACGCAAUUUUAAUGUUAUAAUGGGUGGUGGCAUAUCCAAAUUCUUACCCAAUACCAUACGUGACAAUCAUGGCAAUUUGGGUAUAAGAGAAGAUGGUAAAAAUCUACUCUCCACUUGGCAGGAAAUGCAUCCAGAGGGAAUUAUUACCACCAAUCGUCAACAGUUGCUGGAACUUGAUGUUAAUAAUGUAUCACAUAUAAUGGGUGUAUAUCAAUCUCAGUUGAUGGAUUACCAUUUAAUGGCCGAUCCCCUUGAACAACCUACUUUAUCGGAAAUGACUAAGGUGGCCUUAGAAUUUUUACAGCGUAACGAUCAGGGUUAUUUUAUAUUCAUAGAGGGUGGUUUAAUAGAUAUUGCUCAUCAUUAUACUAAGGCUGCCAUAUCUCUAGAUGAAACUUUGGAAUUUGAAAAAGCCAUACAAUUAGCAAGGGAAAUGACUGAUCCUCUGGAUACACUUAUAGUAGUAUCAUCCGAUCAUGCUCAUCCCUUAACAAUAUCUGGUUACCCAGGUAGAGGUACCGACAUUUUGGGACUCAAUCAACAUGAUACAGAUGCAUAUGGUUUGAAAUAUUCAACUUUAAAUUAUCCCAUUGGUAUUCAACAAUAUUUAGAUGAAAAUGGCCAUCGUUUGGAUUUGGAGAAUAUUAAAAGAGAUGCUGACUUUGAGUAUCCUAGUUAUAUAAAGUCUAACGAUGGCCAACAUUCGGGAGAUGAUGUAGGCAUCUUCGCCUCUGGUCCCUUUGAACAUUUAUUUAGUGGUGUUUUGCAACAGAACACGAUACCUCAUUUAAUGGCCUAUGCUGCUUGUAUUGGUGAUGGUCCUACUAUGUGUGAUGAGAAGUAAACUUGGAAUAGCUCAAAGUUUUUCUACAUUUUUAUUUUGAUUAGUAAAUUAUAGUUAAAAUUAAUAAAUGAUGAAAGAUG